UUGCAUUCAACGGUGAAAGGUCAAAUGUUCGAGUCACAUGCUUUUAACCAGGAAAUACAGAAGUGAAAUCUGUCCAUUGGAAGCACGGUGAAAACGAAAAAGGUUUAUUUUUAAACCCACGAGAGAGGGUUUAACUAUAAUGACGGAUCAAGUGGAGCAUGUGGAAGCCAUUGUUCUGGACUGUCAAAAUGGAAUCUCGAUUGACCUCUUUCUGCAUCUUACGCUUAUCCCAGCUGUGCUGAUUGCCAUCGUGCUGUCAUUCUUUCAGAGGAGAGCAAAAAUAUUGGCCAUUGACAACAAACUUCCUUUCUUGCAAGGGCGUUUUGGCAUUGUGGUGCCUCUGGACACCAUAGGCAGCCUGAGCAACCGUUGGUCUUAUGGGUUCGCCUUUGGGGCCGUGUCCUACAGCGUCCUGCUGCUCUUCUCGGAACAUUACAUUCCUUUCACUGUCCCGCCUUGGGCCAGAGCUGUUGUUUACCUGGUUGGAGCUCUGGAGGUGGGCCUUGUCAACCUACCAUUCUUUGCCUGUCUGUCAACUCCCUUCAGAACAGCUGGAGCCAUACUUGGAAUGAUCUACUCUUUGUGUUGGCUUAUCAUCACAGUGUGGGACACGUUCACAUGUCCAGGUGGCAAGAUUUUGGGAAAAUAUCAGAAGAUAAUUGUCCAGUGGCCUUGUAUCCUUUCACUCGUUUUUCUUUUGGGGAGAUUUGUCUACAUGUUGGUCAAAGAUGUUCGGAAACAUCUACAGCUGGAACAGGAGGACCCAGAUGAGCUCGCUGAGCAACACCAGGUGCAGCAUGUGAAGAGACUGCUGAGGAAAACAAGCGCACACAGCAAGACCCUAAGCUGGUUCCAGCGCAGAGUGUACGAGUGGGAUCCCGACUUUAAGUUCCCUAACAGAAUCAUUGGCACUGCCAUCAUAUCCCUCAUUGGCCUGUACACGAUGACUCUGGCUGACUACAGUCUGAGUACCGUGGCUUUCGGUCAAGUGGACAAGUGGAAGAACACCUUGAAACACUUGGUGACCUCCUGUAAUCAGACAGAAGCGGUAGGAGCCAUGAUCCCACAAUUGGAGGAGUUCAUCGACGUGGCCAGGAAGACUUGGUUAGCAACCACCAUCUUUGCGAGUCUCAAUUCAGUCGCCUACACGUUUCAUGUACUGGUAUGUUACAGGAAACAUUUAAAGAGACUUUGGAGAGGAGAGAAAGGUUUUCUCCCCGAAAAGUUCCACAACCCCCGCUCUGCUGUCAGUGUGGCCUCCAUUGCACGGUACUCGGGAUGGCAAAUUGCUUUUACACUGUGGGGUUAUCUGAUGGUCCACUUUGUUCACUUCCUGGUUGCACUGUUGUUGGUGUAUGUGAUUGUUAUUCCAAUACAACACGGGAAAGUUCUGACCAUGCUGGCCAACUUGGGCACCCUAAUUCUAACCAUCAGUCUUGUGAUUGCCAUGGUGAUUCUUCAGAUAGUCCUGGUCCAGAUUUUUUUCCUUCAGGACAAACUGUCUUUGACUGAUAAACACAAACCACUGGCUGUCAAUAACAGGAAAGCAUUCCACUGCUUCAACUACUUCUUCUUUUUCUACAACGUGAUCUUGGGGAUGAGCACCUGCAUCAUGAGGCUGCUCAUCAGCAUUGUGCUGGGAACAUGGCUGGUGUCCCGCAUUGACCGGACAAUUAUGCAGAGAGGAUAUGAAACUAUGGAUGCAGGUUAUAGUACAUGGAUCGGGAUGAUAUUUGCUGAUCACUAUCAUAACAAUCCAGUUCUGGUGUGUUUCUGCCAAGUGCUCGUCUCCACCACUCUGGAAAAACAGACAGAAUCUGCAUAUAAUACACUCAACAACGCAUCGUCUGAAUGUCUCGUCAACAGUCGGGCAAGGAGACAUUGGGCUUUGCUUUACACCCUCCUGAGGAACCCCCAUCUGAUCCUGCAUAGAAAGCAUCACCUCUCCUUGAUGACCACGUCACACGUGUCUACAUCUCUCCACUCGGACGCAGCAAUGCGGGCUUGGGUCAUGGCUUCCCAAUCACAGAGCCAACAGGCACUGUCGGUGCACUUACCAGACAACACUGAGGAACAAACUCCAGAUUAAAACGGCAUUCAUGAAGAUGCAUAUUGUGUUAAUAUUUGGACUUAGAACAUCGUCAACAAUGAGUCAACAAUGACUCAUUUAUAUUUUUGUAAAGGUUUGUCGAGAUCUUUCAUGAAAAUAAUGCUUGGACUACCACUGCUGAGGACUGAUCUAGUAAUGUGCAGAUCCAUACUGAAAUAUCGAUACCGCCGAUACCAGAUAUUGAUGCUCUAAUAUCGACUCUGAAAUCAAAAUAUUAAUACUUUUGAUACUUUAUUUGUUCGCCAUUGUGUACAUCAUUAACAGGAACACAGUGUAAAGCAGGGGUCCCCAAACUUUUUGACUCUGGGGGCCGCAUUGGGUUAAAAAAAUUUGGCCGGGGGCCAGGCUGUAUAUAUAUAUAUAUAUAUAUAUAUAUAUAUAUAUAUAUAUAUGUAUAUAUAUAUAUAUAUAUGCGUGAUGAUGUCACGUUAUCGAUGGGAAAAUGCAUUUUUAGACAAUAUGUAUUGCCUGAGCAGCUAGGAGACACCGGGAGUAACAAGCGGUAGAAAAUUAAUUAAAAAGGACAGAUUUUUAAAAAUAAUUUAAAAAAAAAAAAAAAAUUUUUUUUUAUCUUAUUUUAUUUUUUUAAACUUGGGACUUUGACUUGGGACCGAAUUCUGGACGCAGUUUGGGGGCCCCUGGUGUAAAGUAACUAAAUCAUUGAGACCUUAUUUUUUUCUACAUAAUACGCAAGCAAGAAAACUGACAAUUAAAAUGAGUCACUUGAGUUGAUUUUUUUCUUGCCCUUAGAUGUCGUUGUGGCUUGUGCAGCCCUUUGAGACACCUGUGAUAAAGGGCUAUAUAAAUAAACUUUGAUUGAUUGAUUGACUUAUAAAACAGCAAGUGGUUGCAUCCUUUUAUUGUAGGCUAUUUGGAGACACUCCAUACCGAGUUGAAUAUAUAUGUAAGAUAACACAUUCAGUGCAGAUAAAUAAACAAUAAUUGUAUAUUGUUUAAAGAUGAUUCCCCAAGAGCAGCGGCAUUUGAAAUAUCCUACUUUUUUUAAAUUUUACCAUACACGUUAGGCAUAUUUGCACAGAGUUACACAAGUAUCGGAUCGGUAUCGCCGAUGCCAGCCUGAAAUGUACUUGGUAUCGGAUCAGAAAAAAAAUCAGUAGUAUUGCACUUCACUUGACUGAACCUUCAAAGAGGGCGGACAGUGUAUGUUGUGUGCACUUCAAGUGUCAGUAAAUGUGUCGGUCUUUUCACGACUUUAAACAUUUUUGAUAAAUAUGGAGAAUUUAGCAUUUCUGACGUUCAUUGUUAUUUUUUUAAACUUUUUGUUUGCUUCCAAUUGGCGUGUAGUUAUUGUAACAUGAUUUGAAAAAAAUAAAAAGGAGUCAAGAGAUGCUGAA